AUGCCGCGCCGACGGACCUCAGCGACGACGACUUUUGGCACCGCUGAGACGCCGACCAAGAAGCCCGACAACGGGUACUUUACCAAGGGGCAAUGGCACUGUAACUGCCAGCCUCGCCUUCCGGCGGUUCAGUUCCAAGUUCGCCGCGAAUCCAAGAACAAGGGCCGGUGGUUCUACACCUGCCAGAUUGACCGGACCAAGGGCAAGACCGGGGAGCCACGAAAAUGCGACUUUUUUCUAUGGGCUGAAGAUGCCCGCCUGCGCGAAGAAGGUGCUUUGCUGAAUAACUCCACGACCGAGCCUGACGAUGGCGAAGAGGCAGGAGGCAAUGGUCAGAACACUAAAAAGUCCCUACGGACACCGCGCAAGCUGGUCCAGACCACGCUUAGCGCUCGCGUAGAGCCUAGGGAGGAGGGCAAGAGACACUGGACGCAUCGCACCGAAAUUACCCCCAUCAAGGAGCUGGAGCGCACCGUUGGCGGCAGCCAGAGCGAAACUAGGUCUGGUGGCGGGGAGACGGCCAAGAGUAGCUCGACGAUGCGUGCGACAGACAGUACGAGUAGUAGCAAGACUGCUGCAAACACCCAGAGACUGGGCCGCGAUGAUGGUGAGGACGAGUUGGCCCAGAAUGGAGGCACGGCAUCCACGGUCGCCGCGGCCCAAGCACAACAAACUCCAUCAGCCGGUACGAAACGCAAGAGGGAUGUGAUUGAGCUUAGUGAUAAUGAUGAUGGCGACACGGAUGACUUGUUUGGAGACAUGGAUUCAGAUGAGGAGAGACAGUUGGCUGCCAUUGCCGAGUCCUCUAGUCAUCCCGGCCGGAAGCGCGACGCCUUCGCCACGCCGGCGGCGCAGCGGUUGUCAGAUGGGGCGACUAGCCUGCCGACACCCUCGCUGACCGGCAAGUCCGUGAGGCGCGUUCUGUUUGCAGAGCCCGAGGUCGGAGAGGCUAGCGACGCCAACAAGAGACAGCGCAACAACAACUCCGGGGCCUACACCCCCAUUGGAGCCGACCCAAAGACGCCGUCAUCGUCACAAGAGGGAGUGAGCCCGUCAUCUUCUCAACGAGCCACGCCUGGCUCCAGUAUCGGGGAUAUCACUCAGGAAAUCAUGGAUCUUCUCAAGGGCCAACAGAUUGACGAGCUGGCCUCGCGCAAGGUGCACAGUGCGCUUCAGAGGUAUGCGGCCAAGGCCAGGGGGCUGGAAAAAGGGCGCGAUGCCAGUCGACAGGCACUUAGAAAUCAGGAGGUCAAGAUCGCAAAGUUACAAGAGAGGAUUACGAACUUGGAGAACGCGAGGAUGGUGGACGCGAACGCCAGGAAGGAAAUGAAGAUCAAACUCAUGGAGAUGUACACUCACACGUGA